AUGAUUGGGUUUGACCGACUGGUAGCUAUUCCUACUGGAUCCAAAAGUGUCACGUUGAUCCUGGUUGUUGGACGAUUCCUUCCACGGCUUGUCGGGUGGAUCCUGAACCGGACAAGUGCAAUGGUGAGUGAAACUCCUUACCGCACAAUCUCGAGUACAUGUAAAGUGUCCGACGGGGAGGAUGAAGAAGAGCCACGAGGAAUCCGAUCGCAACAACCUCACCCGCAUCUGUUCAAUUCGUCCGUUCCCAACGGUGGUGAUUCAUCCACAUCUCGCCGAAUCAAUAUUCGCAUGAUUGAUCGACCAGAUUUCCAUCUGGCCAUCUCAGGCAAAACGUGGGCAGUCAUCAAAGAGCACUAUCCGUGGCUCAUCCCCAAGCUAGUGGUCAAGGGUACGGUUUUCGCUCGUUUCUCACCAGACCAAAAAACCCAGCUGAUCGAGGCUCUGCAAUCUGUGGGCUACUUUGUUGCUAUGUGUGGAGAUGGAGCGAACGACUGCGGUGCCUUAAAAGCCGCGCAUGCUGGAGUUUCGUUGAGUGAGGCCGAGGCCAGCGUGGCCAGUCCGUUCACCUCCAAACAGCAAAACAUCAGCUGUAUUCCCACAUUGAUCCGAGAAGGUCGAUGUGCCCUGGUGACAACAUCCGGGACCCUCAAAUUUAUUACGAGUUAUUCUUUAAUCCAAUUCAUAUCUGUGAUUGCCUUAUUCUAUAUUGGCAGCUCACUCUCAGAUGGUCAAUUUUUGUAUAUCGAUUUAUUUCUUAUCACAACGCUUAGUGUUACAUUUGGUUAUACAAAACCCUAUUCCUAUUUGUCUAUCGAACCUCCAAGAGUACGAUUGCUCUCCGCGGUUACAUUGCUCUCUCUGGGCUGUCACAUGCUCGCUCAUCUGGUGGUGCAAGUUUUGGCGUUCAUCUCUGUUCGCGCUCAACCGUGGUAUAUACCACUGUUUGAGUACAGUGAGGAUGCUGAGCUGUGCAACUACGAGUCAACCGCCCUUUUUACCGUCGCUACCUAUCAGUAUUUGAUCUCCGUGAUUGUAUUCUCUAAAGGUGUCCCGUAUCGACGUUCUUUGCUGUCGAACUACUUUCUGGUCAUCAAUUUGCUGGUUGCCAUUGUCUGUACCGUUUGUGUGACCGCUUCCACUUUCAAUAUACGACACAAUUUUCUUCUGUUGGUCGACAUUCCGUCCCUACGCUACCUGAUAUUACUGCACCUAAUGGUACUGGCUAAUUUCUUGUUGUGCUAUCUGAUGGAAUCCGUGGUCGAGGGCGUAUCGUUCCGUCGACAACUCGUUCACAUCCGCCGUGUCUUAUUUCCGCGACAUAUUCAACGGAAAGAUUACGAACGAAUUCGUGAUGAAAUAGAUCGACUUGCUGGUCUUUGGCCACCCUUGAUUCGAUCAGCCAGCGUUCAAGCCCUUCCAAGGGAACUGUUUCAGGACACCGAUAUGAUACCGCCUGUCGUGAAACCCCCUGGUCAUCCGCGCCGGAGAAAUAUGUCUAGCAUGUCCACAGAGACGGAAGACGAGGAACUGUCACUCACGGAUCACCUGACCGAUGCCUUAGUGUCUCACAUACCUGCUGUCGAAUCAGUUGACACACCUCCGGGAGUUGUUUCUCCGACUGCUACACGAACUCCGUUCGAACGCAACAUGAACAAUGAAUCGGUCAUUCAUCGAAGUCAUUCUUUUGAUGCCGGCAAGUUUAACUCGGUGAAAGAUCGUGUUCAAACAACGGUGGAAGGUGAUUCAUGUGGCUUCGUUAGCCCGGGCGGCCCGUCCAACCUCUUAGACAUCCCAAAAACUAUGUUCCACGUGCAAGCCGGUACAUCUUUCUCAAUCCAACGACCAGCUUCACAAGGACGUAAACGCCAUCAAAAUAGUGAACCGCAGAACGUUCCGUUUAGUGUCGACAAUCAGAACCGUUCGCCGAUCGAAAACUGA